UCAUGAUUCACAAAUAUCAACAACAUAAAAAGAAUUCCUUCUUCCUUCUCUUUGUGUUUCAUAUUUUAUAAAACAUGAAAAGCACUAUCCUCAAAACUGAGGUAUUCUUUGUUUUCUUCAUGUUGUUGAACUCUGUUUUCUUGAUCUUGGAAGCUCGUCCAUUGAGUAUCAUUGACACAAAAAACUCAGAUACUAGAGAUGAAGUCGUUGAUUUUUUUAGUUGGUUAUCACAUUCUAUUGGAGAAAUCAAGCAAGGCGUGGCGGUUGAGACACUCGGAGGGAUUAAGGAUUCUGGUCCAAGUUCUGGAGGGGUGGGACAUAAAUUCACAAACAUAGACACACUCGGAGGGAUUAAGGAUUCUGGUCCAAGUUCUGGAGGGGUGGGACAUAAAUUCACCAACGUAAACACACUCGGAGGGAUUAAGGAUUCCGGUCCAUCGCCUGGCCAAGGACAUUAAUAUUAUGUUCUUCACUCAUUUGGUCAUUUACAACCUAUAGUUAGCAUUAAGCAUGGUGGUUUCCGAUUGAUUAAUACCUUCAUUUAUUUAUGUCUACAUUUUUUCUUUUCACUUAGUUGUUAAUGAUGCAGUAGUCCAUCUGAUGUA